GCCCACUGAUAACAAAAAUCGCAAAAAAAAUGUUCCACACUGUCUGCACUGCAAAUGCAAUGAAGUAGAUUUUGGCCUAACGAUACAUCCAAGACAGAAGCUUCAACCGGUUGUUAAACCCUGGCGGAUAAUUCAACAAUAAGAUUUAACUCUCAAGAACAGGUAGGCCUACACAUCCAGUACCAACAAUGCUGCAACUUUUCCAAGCAGGUCUGUUGUUGGUGUUCCUCUUUGGUCGGCAGUUUUUGGAGACCAGAGCAUCUGAUUCGAGUAAUCAAAGAGCAAGGCCCAGUCCAACUCCGGACCAUCAGUGGCACGAAGCAUUUGACAUGACAGAACAUGAUGCUGACAUCCUGAAUGAUAGGAGCUUGCACGAUGUUGCCGACGUUUACGAUAAUUUCUUCGUACCUGGCGCAUCAGGAUGGAGGGAUUUGAACAUGACGGCCAUAAUGCGCGAGGCCGAGAAGCAGAGGCAAGACGCCAUGCAAAAUGGCCACAGCAGUAGACCAGUAUUCAUCAAGCAACCCGUCAUCCCUAAUACUGUCUUGAAAAGGCUCAGUCCAGAUAUCAUUCAAAACAUGACUGCUGCAGAGGUGUUACAGCUCGCAGACGCCACCGAAAUGUCCUACGAAUCCAUGACGCACCUCCUAAGCAACUUGCGGCCCCAAGAAUUUGACAAGCUGCUUUCCCUGUCAAGAAAUUAUACUGACUUUGAGACGGAGAGUCCAGACCCCACUACAGCCAAGGCAGUCAUUGACUCCUGCCAUAGACACUGGGGACCGGUCAGCCAGUGGACGGUCAGCCAGGUGGCCAGACUAGGACCCAUGCUGACCAGCCUGAACAUCGAGCAGAUCAAGCAGCUCAACGACGAGGUUCUCCCUGAAGUCAUAAAGGCAUUUGCAAGAUUGGGCUUCCAAGGCCAAGCCACCAGGACCUUGGUGCUAAAAGCCAAGAGAUCCUGGGGUGCCAUCGGGACGUGGACCCUGGACAAGUUUACCACGCUCGGACCUCUCCAGACGUACCUCACUCCACAGGAUCUCAAACAAAUCCAGCCUGGACAAUUAAAUUUCACAAGCCUUCUGUCAUUGCUGGGGUCGCUUGACUUGGACAGAGGGCAAGCUAGAGCCGUGAUCAACAUUGCUGCCGGUUUGCCAGAAUGGCGCUGGACAUUGGAACAAGUACAGAGUCUUGGAAAGAUGACAAGAUUUCUGGAUUCCAGAGAGCUGAGAGCUGCCCCCGCCUCAGCCUUUGCUUCCCCGGAAUUGCUGAAGGAGCUGUUGCCUUCAGACGGACGUGGCCAUCAACAGCAAACUAAGGAGAUUGCCAGAGUCUUGAAGGAGAGCCGAGGAACAGUCAACGACUGGACAGCAGAGGACUUCAGAUCAAUGGGGAGGGCAGCCAGUGGCUUGGAGGUCAACGACCUGGAACAACUUGACCCAAGCGUCGUUCAAGGAGCAAUAGCUGACAUCGCUGAUGCAGAAUAUUCUCCUCGCCAGAGGAAUGUGUUGAUUGAAAAGUAUCGCGAGGCCAGAGGCAGUCGGGAUACUUCCAUGAGUGCUGAUGAGGUGAGACAGAUGAAGGGAUUGGCGGUGGGACUGUCAACCUCUGACCUGGCUCACAUGGACCCUCAAGACGUUAGGGAGUCCAUGGAUGUCUUCGCUAGCAAUGCCAACAAAAUGAAGAAGACACAAAAGAGAGAAAUCAUCAAGCAGUUGAAGGAAGCCCCAGGUGGCAUCCAGGACGCCAUCCAGGACAUGGGAGACAUGGUCAAGGAGCUUCCGCUGAGAGACCUGGACUCGCUCUGCACGGCCAACUUCACUGCCGCAGCCGAUGAGAACUCCACGGGUGUCGCCGCGGCUGGACGCAUGAACUGGACGGAGGGACAGAGCAUGAAGUUGUUCCGAUGUUUCAAGGAUGAAGUUCUUGGCAGCAGUGAAGGUGAGGGAGGGAGUUCAGCUGAUCUACUCACUCCGGCUACAAUCAGGUAUAUGGGCAGUAUGGCCAAAGGGAUGUCCUGCGAUGACGUCGAAGGCUUUGUAGCCGAUGACAUCCUACCGACAGUUGGUGCCAUGAUGGAACAGGAAGGAUGGUCCCCAAGGCUGCUGGAUUGCACUCACCAGAAGAUCAAGGCCUCUCUCUCCGCGGCCCACGACGAUUACACUGCCGACUUCACUGAGAUUGAGAUUGCUGCGCUGAGGGGACAACUGCUUAAAGAGUUAAGUGUUGAGGAACUCAACUCCAUCCCUUCCAGCCACUGUGAGAUGCUGUAUUCUGAGAUUGGCAACGAGGAUUUGAUAGGACUCAAGAGAGAUAAACGGAAGGCGCUGACCUCCAAUGCCCUGCAGUGUCUGGGCGUGGAUGGACAGGCGAACACCAUCGAGCAGGAUACCAUGGAUAUCAUCGGUAACCUGGCCUGCGACCUGGAGGCCGACAUGCUACGACGCCUCUCUUCCGACGUCUUCACUGGUAACCUGUACAGCAUGCAGAAAUGCUGCCUGAAUAUUGACCAGAUGGUGGUCAUCGGGGAAAGACUGGUGCAAGAAAUGGGAUCCCCAAAUCAAUGGAUGUCAGACACCAUAUCUGACAUUGGUCCCCUCCUGGUUUCGCUGUCUGAGCUGGAAAUACAGAACUUGGAAGAAGAACAGUUUUCCUUGGUUGCAGAGGACGUGAUGGUUCGCUUUGCCGAGUACAAAGACAAAUGGAGCAGAUAUUGCGACGUUGAUCUACGACCUCAAGACAUAUCCAGUCGGGAGGAGGGUUUCGUUACCAUGGCAAUCAAGGCCAAAGAUGCGCUAGUUGCCGUGGCGCAGGCAGAUGUAUCAGGGAGAAAGAGACGAGACUCCACAUACUCGCCAACCUGCAAUGAAAUCGAGUCACUCAGCGAUGGCAACAUCGCAUGGACUGUGGAUGAACUAGGAGCCAUGACAGUCAACACAUUUGACAGUUGUGGAUAUGCACUGGGUGAAGUGACAGGCUUCUCGGAUGCUCAACUAGCAGCGCUUCUAGACAAAGCUAAAGAGGCAUGGGGACAGGCAGCUGACAUGACACCAGACCAGAUCUCCCAGCUGGGCCACAUUGCAUCCAAGUUCACUGCGGCAGAGAUUGGCCAGCUCAACCUGACUGAGACAGACACUGUCUAUGCUAUUGCCCAAUACAACAUCUACACUUCAGAUCAGCUCAGCGCUGGUGUAGGGAGGUUCUCAGAGCUGAGUGGCCUCUCUGUCACCAGCCUGGAUUCCCUGGACCUGACUGCCUUGGCUAACUUCCUCUGUGGUCUGACUGCGGUAGAGAUGGAGGACAUUGCGAGCAUCGCGUACCAGGAGGCAGCUAAUGCCAUUGGUGAGCUAAGAAGCUGCGAUGCAGGCCAGUGGGCAACCCUGAAGACCAAGGCAGUGGAUGGGUACGGAGCCAUCAACACCUGGAUGCCGGAGGUCUUCGCUGAGGUUGGCUCUGUCGUGGCCGGCUUCACGACACAGGAGUUGAGUAGUCUAUCCGAUGCUAGCAUCGCAGGCAUCAAACCCCACGCGGUCUCGCUCAUACCUCCACAGACGCUAGCUGCUGGAUGGAGUAGUGCCCAACUCAGCAAGCUAGACCAGCUGCAAGCAGAGGCAGUGACGGAGGAACAGCUCGCCGCCCUCUCCCAGGAGCAACGCUCCGCCCUCCUGGAGGCAGAGUACGGAGACGACAUCAGCUUGGCUGAGAUUGAGGAGACUACGGAGGUAGUUGUGGUAGAGGAUGACGGAGACAAGGAUGGUAAUGGUGCAGGGAACCAAUCAGCUGGCCUGGUGCCCACCAUCAUCAUCAUGUGCAAUUUAAUGUACAGAGCCAUCUCUAUAACAUAGAAACUAAAACGAGGAGAGGACAUCAUUUACGUAAUCAGAAAAUGUUUCUUGAACUAUAAUUAGCUUUUCUUAUCAAUAAAGUUCGGUCCUUGAAAAUUUAAGUUCUUGUUUUUGUAGAGUUUGAAAUGUUCUGAAUUCUAUGUUAUGCGUUGAGGUAUAUUCCAAGUGCUGCAACAGUGGAUAUGUUCUGAAAAACUUUUUUUUCUUUCAUGCUGGCUAUCGUUACAGCAGCUGUUAUGCGAUUUUCAACUGCUAACGUUACGGCAUUGCAAAUCACCAUUGCGAAUCUAUAUGACAUUUUCAACUACCCGUCCAAACAAACACUUCGGUAGCUCGAUUGAUUGAUCACACGUUCAACUACUGUGCCAGGGAUCCUGGUUCAAAACCGCUGCCGCGCUGCUCAAUUGUUUUUCUUUCAAUAAUUAACUUCACUUUCACAUUUUUAAUCAUAUUGUUCUUUUAAUUUGAGUAGAAUUAAUUUUUCUUCUUUGUGGCUUUGGAGGAUUUUUUUUAAAAGGGAAUAAAGUCCGAGAACCAUUUAAUUGAAUGAUAGUCUGGUUCCAACAGCAAAAAAAAGACCAGCGUAUGUUAAAUACUAUAACGUCACAGAACCAGACGGUUCUGUAACGAUAACAAUUGAAAAUUGUGUUACAGCUGCUGUAAUAAGCGCGGCUGUGUUUUUAGCAUUGACACACAUUUUCCUUAAAGGUGACAAAAUGUCUGUUACAGUGUUUGUGACUGAAUGAUGCUGUUACUUUCUGCAUGAAGCGCCACUUUAUAGAGAGUAAUUAGACACAAAAGUUGAACACUCAAAUGCCUGAAGUCAG